AAAACGAUGACUAUUAUCUCCGACCUUUCCUGGGAUUUGGUUGAGGAGAUACUCUCUAGGGUUCCCAUAAUUUCUUUAGGAGCGGUGAGAUCCACUUGCAAACGAUGGAACCGUUUAUCCAAAAAUCGGCUUUUGUGUAAAGCAGAAGCAAGGAGGCAUCAGUUUCUACGCUUUAUGGUGAAGAACUAUAAGCUUUGUUCAAUGAGAUUCGAUCUCCAUGGAAUCCUCGACGGAGAAGAAUUCGUGGAUCCAUCUAUUAAGGAGAUCACCGUCGUUGAUUCACUUAAUCACGUCAAGGUAACCCAAGUAUUUCAUUGCGAUGGCUUAUCCUUAUGUGUUACCAAGGACAAAGAAGAGAACAAAACUAGCCUCCUGGUCUGGAACCCAUAUUUAGGACAAACCAGAUGGAUUCAAGCCAGAAACGACUACAACAGGUUAGACCUUUAUGCACUCGGAUAUGACAGCAAUAAUCGUAAACACAAAAUCUUGAGGUUCUUGGAUACUGGCUCCUCUUACAAGGUUACGCUGUACGAAAUCUACGAUAUUAGUUCUGAUUCAUGGAGAGUUCUUAAUAUCACUCAGGACUGGGACAUAAUGUUCUAUCAUCGUGGUGUGUCUUUGAAGGGAAAUACUUAUUUUUUUGCAAAAAAAAAAAUACUACUCGUAGAUGGACCGGUAGAAAUAGCCGAGCCCCAUGCUAUCUUACUUUGUUUUGAUUUUACAAAAGAGAGAUUUGGACCGCCUUUGCCUCUACCGGUUGAGCACUAUGUUGACGAUACUGGGACACUCUCUUCUCUUAGAGACGAGAAACUGGCAGUCUUAUAUCAGCCCACAAGUAUGUCUGACGUGCAGAUUUGGGUGACGACUAAGAUUGAGCCCAGUGCAGUGUCCUGGGUUCCCUUUUUAAAAAUUGACGUGGAACCAUUCACAGGUUUCGGAUUCCAGUUUCACCAUGAUGGUGCCAGUUUCUUCAUUGACGAGGAGAAGAAAGUCGCUCUAGUUUUUCAAAUAGACGAAUCUGAAAUGACCUGCUAUGACACAGCUUACCUCAUUGGGGAGAAUGGAUACUUUGAAAAAGUAGGUCUUGGAGAAGCUGAGAAACCCCAAUGGUCGGCUAAUAACGUGGGAGAAUAUUGCCCACUUGUGUGCUCUUGUUCCUUUGUUCCAAGUUUAGUGCAUAUCAACAACGAAUCUGCAGGAAGCUAAACUUAAAAAUCAAAAAGGAAGGAACAAAGAAGAUCAUCACUAACUAUGAUGACAAUCACUUAUUUGUUUUUUCAUCUCUUCCAUUUGUUUUUGUUUUAUUUUUCAUUUUUAAAUCUCUUUUGGA